AUGUUGCCUGAUUGUGGCGUUGGAUCAGCAGCUCCAGCUUGUUGGUAUAACUCAGUGGUUGUCGAGGAGGAUAACUCACCCAACGUCCGUAACGACAAUUCAUCUCCUGUUGAGUGUGUAUCAGCUGAAACUCCAGACGAGGAUAUAUACGAGGACGACCAUAUAGGUAACGAAAAAAGCCAAGCUCAUAUUGAGAAGCUUUCGAAACCAAAAAAAUCUUGUUUAACGGACAAACCCUUUCCUGCUCGUCUUCAUCAAAAAAAGAAAGUUGUAGCGUUUGGUCGAACUGUCAAUUACUCUCAAACAAUUGAGGCUUCUUCUAAGCGUGAUCAUCAUCAUAAGCCGACCAUGAAUAAAGUGAUUGAAAACAAGGAAAACAAACCUCCACCGACAGCUGUUAGAGCUCUCUGUGCAAAACCAGAACAGUCUAAACGAAAGUCCUCAGAAAAUGAAAAAGCGGAUCAAGAUGAUAGUUCAGAUCUGCUAGCCAUGAAGGAACAGCUCAAGCGUAAUGAAGAGAAGAACGAAGUCUUAUUUGCGCAACUUUUCAAAAAACUAGAAGAACUGACAACGGUUGCUCGACCAGAACCGAUAAGAACUGAAGAGAUACGAAGACCUCUAGCUGAGAAGAAGCCUGAAAAGCAGUUAGAAUAUGAUCCUGGGUUCAUAUCGGAACUAACUAACUAUUGUAAAAAUAUGGAAACGAAACUAGGUUACGGCUCUCCACAACCUACUGAUGAUUAUACUCGAUCAACGCAUAGACCUACUUUAACGCGGAGUGCUGUUGCUACAACUCGAGAGCGUAAUGAAGUUACUAGGAAUGAGCGCAGUGGUGCUUUCGUUACCGAACGAAUGACAGUCGAGAGAAGCUUCAUGUCUCCUGGUGGCGAACCGUUCUCGGUAGAUUCAAGGCGCUUCCUAGGCAAUAGGGGUCUGAUCGGUGGAGCAGAAAGGAACAACACGUCUCCUCCUAGGAUUAAGAGUAUUCAGAAUGCUCCUCAAUCGUAUUAUCAGCCUGGCUACAGUGUUGCUUAUGUUCCUCAAAGAAGCGUUGUUGAAUCUUCAGACGAUGAGAACUGUGGAACCGUCCUUCAGUUAACUGAUGAACAAUAUGAAAAACAAUGCGCCGCUCGAGAAGCUAAACUUAGGAACACUCCUUUUGUUUCAGAAUUGGACGACAAUAGUGAAGUGAGAGGCAAAGCUCCUGAAGAUAGAAUAAGGCGUGAAGUUCAACGACAAUUGGAGGAAAAAAGGAGACGAAGAGACGAAAUUCUGAAAAAAUGA